AUGUCUACUCAAGUUCAAUCUACAUUGGCCAACCUCAAGGCAUCCACUGCUCAACUUGUGGGCAUCAUUGCCGGCGCCCGGCACAUCCCGGCCGGCUCUGUGGACGUCCACCUUGUUCUAACAAAGCAGGUGACCACUCUUUUGGCUGACAUCAUCCGGGCCCAUGAGAAAGGGGAGUACAUCCCUGGAAUUGUGGCGUCCUGCUCUAAGGAGCUGAUGAGGGUGCGUUCCAUGACUCCCCGGGCAUUGCCCAACUGGCACAGCAUUGGCCACGAUGACCCCCGGGUGGCUAGACACGCCUGGCGCAAGCAAGUCCGUGCCUGGGAGGCGUUGGGCGACAAUUCCUGUGAUCUCCCUGUUGUCCCUAAUGUUUCCACUGGCCCACUCACUCUCAACCUUCCAUCUCCACCUGUCCCUUCACCUGCACCUGUCCCUUCCCCCACCCCCGUCAUUCCCUCACCUCCGGUCGUCGCCGGACCUUCCGGCAAGGCGACCCCCGAGGUCCGGGACAAAGGAAAAGGUAAGGCCACCUCCGUCGACCUGUCGCCGGAAAUUGGGGGGAGCAACAAGAGGAAGUCUCCAAUGAUUUCGGGACACUCCUCCCAACCUCCAAAGUUGGCGCUGAAGGCUCGCAAGCGUGUCAAGUCAACUCAACUCCCCAAGUCGAAGCCGUUUGUGGAGUUGGAAGAUGAUGAAGACCCAAUUGUUCAGCCGAUUUCGUGUGGAGUGCCGGAGGUCGUCCUUCCCCAGCGCACCAUUGUGGUAAGGAAGCCCCAGUCGCCUCGGUCACCCAGUUCCCCCAAGAAGCAAUCAUUUGGGCCUGCUUCGCUGACUGCCGGCAGUCGUCCGGAGGUUACGAAAUCUCCCAUCAGUCGUCCAUCUCCCAUCAGUCGUCCAUCUCCCAUCAGUCGUCCGGAGGCUCCGGUCAGUCGUCCGGAGGCUCGGGCAACCUCCGGCAGGCGUCCGGAAGUUGAGGAGGAGUCCUCCAAUGAUACUUCCAGUGCUUCGGAUGGUGACCCGCCGGCCACUACCACAUUUGAUAUCACCAUUCCCGGCCCAAACAACCCCUGCCAUUAUUGUGUCAAGGAAAAUUGGCCCUGUGCGACUCGAUUGGACAAGAGGUCCAGCCUCCCCUGCAUGUCUUGCAUCCGCUGCUCCACCAAGAAGAUCAAAUGCAUCCCUGCAUCUCUGGGAUCCCCGCCCAAACGGACCCGAGGGAAGUCUACCACCGGCCGGACACGUUCCAAGACACCCGCCCCUGCUCCAUCCAAUGCUCCAUCUCCCUCCCGGUCAAGGGCCCGAACUCGUAGUCAAUCUCGUGGCCCUUCCCGAACUCCGGCCAUCCCUGCUGCAACUACGCCCCAGGUGCAGUCACGUGGUCGCAGCAAGACCAUCACUACCAAGAAGACACCUGCACCUGCACCUGCACCUGCACCUGCACCUGCACCUGCACCUGCACCUGUUCCUGCACCUGUCCCUGCACCUGCGCCAGCUGUCAGGUCUUCCAGCGUCGCAGUGCCUCGUGCAGCACUCAAUGUUCCCAUACCGGAUCUCCAUUCCAUGGCAAUCGCGAUUCGGGAUGGUGCAGCUCGCAUCGCUAUUCUUGAGGCUCGGGUGCAGGAGCAGGACGCUAAGAUUGAUACCCUGCAACGCCUCCAUGAGAGCCUCCGGCGCACAGUGGUCGACCGGCACCCUUCAUUUUCACUUCCAGACACACCGGCCGAUGGAAUAAUGUUGCUUGGUCAAGGAGGUCCCCCCCGUCCAUUCAUGCAACCUACACCCUUGACGCCUGAGCAUGAAUCUGCUGUGGUAGGUCCCAUGGUUGAGCCCACCCAAGUUCAGCCUGAGGGUCCACAAUCCUCCGGCGAAAUUGAUCUCCCUGAUGAACCAGGCAACCUCCUGCCAGAAUCCCCCGGAGAUAUUGUGGUCCCUAAUGAACCAGGUAACCUCCUGCCAGAAUAUGAUUCUUCUGAUGAGGAGAUGGAUGUUGAGGGAAAGGUUGAUCUUCCUGGUGAGGAGGUUGACAUGGCUACAUAA